AUGAAGAACAACACGCUUGUGGUGGUCCUUGUUCUCCAGGCCAUCCUAGUCAUGGGAAUCGUAGCAGUGGUGAACGCCGAUGGGUAUGUUCCGAAGUGCUGCGACAACUGCAAUUCCUUCUCGGGGGCUUUGGUCUGUGACGACACCAUGGACAAGUGCCAUCCAAAGUGCGGGAACUGCGUUGUGGUGCAGGAGCACCCCGUGAAGAAGUACAGGUGCGCUGAUGCACAAGCCGCCGGCUUCGUGCCCUGCCCGCCACCCUGCAAGAAACACUGA